CAUUGGCUAUUUCCGUACGUCUUCACUCUCUUGAAGGCAUCUCCUGUUAAUUGUGGGUCUUGGUGGAAAGAUCCAGCGGUUCGGAUCAAGUUGUGGGACCCGUGCCCUGGUUUAUUACUGUAAAUAGUGGAUGUUUGGGGAUAUUAACCGGUGAGGGACGAUUGGGCUUUGAUCCACGCCGUUGAUCAGGGCAACAAGGCAAUGCCUUUAACUCGCGCCAUUGAUCUCCUACCACUUAACUCAGGUGGAGCCUCCAGCCCAGCACCAGGUCCUGAUACUGUUCGUGAGACGACCAUUCUGUAUAAGCACAAGCUUGAAGAGAUUGUGACUACUAUUCCCACAAUUUUGUUUAAUGUGGAGACUGUGGAGUAUAAGAACAUUAGCUUCACCGUUUUGGAUUUCUUUAUUGUUUCGGUCCAGGUUCACUUCUUUUGCUAGUAAUUCAUGCUGAUUAAUCUUCUUUUGAUUUAAUUUUGUGAGUUCAUGAUCAGUUAAGGGUUUUAGUGUGUUGAUGAUGUUCUUUUCUGUAAAUGAUCAAAGAUCUUGAUGACUAUACAAAUCAAUCGUGGGUAUGAUGAAAGAUUCUUCCUUUUUGUCAAUUGAAAGAAAUUUGUGAUCUGUGUAGUUGAAUCCACUGUUUUUAAUACGUGAUCAUUGUAGCCAAAUGUAAAAGAUCCGAAUCAAUUCUCAUGGGUAGCCAAUUUUAUUUCCAUCACUCCAAUUUUGAGUGGUGGUCCUUAGGGUUUUAUUUUUUAUUUUUUAUUUUUUUGACUGUUUAAUUAUAAAAUGGCAAGUCAGGUUCUGUUAUUGAGUGUUUAGGGCCAAUAAAAAGGAGGUUGUGUA